GUUGAGUAAGUGCCCCUUUAAAGAGGGCUCCCUACUCCUCCUACCUUACUCUACUCACCCAUCCAACUGAAGAAACCCAGCACGUUUACCCAUACCUCCACGCAAUGAAGUCUCCAGCAUCAGAGCUUCUGCACCAGGUCCAUGUUUUUCGCGGCGGGGGGCAAUUCCAGCCCAUAGCCUCCUUUGACCCGAGCAAAGCGACAUACAUGGAAGAUCAAGAGGCCAUUCAAGAAAACCUGUUGCGGCUCUGCUCUCGCAACUCGUGGCACAAGAGCUCGAGGUCGGCCUUUAUUCCCCGGCCGAUCGCUGUCUCAGCGGUGCAUCAGCGUCGAUGGAAGGACCUCAAUGAGGCUUUGGUCCUGGCUAUCACUGACAUCGUCGAGAGGUGGUGGACGGACACAGAGUCGAGAUACCCCGAGCGCAUGCCUCUGGAACCAGCAGAAGAAGAGCUUCUCCGCUGGAUUGAUAGCCAAGUACCAAGUAACCUCCCGCCAUAUCGUGACUGCCGCGGCUCGUGGAGACCGGACUUUCUGGUUGAAGACGAAAGCCGCAAAGGUGUCCCGGGUCCUAUAGAGAAUUUCCGAAUCAGUGAAAUCAACGCUCGUUUUUCGUUCAAUGGAAUGAUGUAUGCGGCUUGUGGGCAACAGGCGCUGAAGGAGGAGGGUAUCUGCGAUGCAGGUAAUGGAUUAGUCGGCACGACUGAGCCCGCCCAGAUGCUGGGUGGCCUUCUGGGGCUUUUCGAUCUCAGGUUGCCAUUACACCUUCUCAAAGGGGAUGAACCUGGCAUUGAUAUUCAUAUGGUGGUGGAGUAUCUCAGAACACAUUUUGGCAUCAACCCUCGUUUUGUACUGCCAGCCGAUCUCAGGCUCGUGCCAUGUUCACAAGCCAAGGGCGGCUACCGGCUCUGUUGCGUGAUAAGAGAUACCGAAGGCCGGAACACCGAGCACGCGAAAUCGCUGAUUACUUAUGAUGGAGAGACCAUGGAAGAGAUUUAUCAGGUGGGCCUGGAGCUGCACCAAAAGGAGCUUCGUGCGCUCAGUCCAGAGAUGCUCCGCCAAGUCAGCCUCCGGUGCUUUAAUGACUUGCGUACUGUUUUACUUGUCCACGACAAGCGAAUGCUCGGGCUUGUCAGACAGGAGCUCGACACUCUAGUAGACCGAGAUAUCCUCACGUACGCGCAGGCGAAGAUUCUUGAGAAAGGCAUUGCCGAUACAAUACUCCCUGGCUCGGCCGAACUUGAACAGUUGAUCGAAUCCUGCAAGCAGGACCCUGACCUGAAAAAAGACUAUAUCCUCAAACCGAUCCGAAGUGGAAAGGGGGAUGGGAUUGUGUUUGGCGAAGAUAUCAACCCCGCCAAGUGGAUGUCGAGUUUGGAGGGCCUGCGCUCCUCGCAGUUAGUUCCAGGCGGUGGGACCUGCAUUGUCCAGCGCAGGAUCAAUCAGAUUCGAUACGAUCUAGUAUUGCGCCCGACGGGCGUCAUGACUAGAUAUCCUCUCGUUGGAACCUACCAUUCGAUUCAUGGGAAGUUCCUGGGAGUUGGAGUGUGGAGAAGCAGUCCACAUCGGAUCUGCGCGAUCAGCCAGGGAGGCGCGUGGACUUGCUCUGUGAGUCACUGCAGCUGAUUGGGAUUGAGUGUUGAAUCGAUGAUUUGUCUUUAUUUGGGUGAUAGUUAUUAGCUGUUUCGUCAGACAUACUGUGUCAAACAAACCAUGUAUAUGAACAAGUACCUGGUCAAAAUUGUACUUCAACACUAUCAUAAG